AUGGUGGUGAAUGCAAUGGGGAAUGGAGGUCGCACCUCCACCGGAAAACAACCACAAUGGUCGUUACACCCGCUUCAUCCGGCCUUCAUAGUGGUUGUCGUUUCAUCCUUGACUUCGUCGGUGACAAAAGUGAUGGUGGUGCAAGCAACGGAGAUUGAAGUGUUGAAUAGAUUGAGACAAUUGGUUCUUGAAUCAGAUUUGAAAGUAGCAAUUACGAAAUUUCAGCAGUCAAACGACCUGAAAAUACCCCUCCAUGUCAUAAAUGAUUGCACCCAUUCCUUCAAUGAAAAAAAAUUCAUCGGGAAGGGGGGUUACGGAAGGGUUUACAAGGGAAUACUUACCUGGGCAAAUCAUAUAAACAAACUAGUUGCUGUAAAACGCCUAGAUGUCACUGGAUUUCAAGGGUAUUGCGAUGAUAACGAAGAGAAGAUCCUUGUUUAUGAAUAUGCAAGCCAUGGAAGCCUUGACAAAUAUUUAAGUGGCCGUGCAAUGUCGGGUGGACUUUCAUGGCUACAACUCCUCAAAAUAUGUAUUGGCAUUGCAUCUGCAUUGGACUAUCUUCAUAACAACGUGGCCGAAAAACACAGAAUAAUACAUCGCGAUGUAAAAAGCGCGAAUGUUUUGUUGGAUGAAAAUUGGAAUGCAAAACUUUCGGAUUUUGGGUUGGCGAGAAUAGGCUUAGCAAAUCAACAUAACACCUUUGUGAUCACCAACAUUGCUGGCACACAUGGUUAUUGUGACCCACAGUAUGAAAGAACAGGGUUUUUAACAAAAGAGUCGGACGUUUAUUCGUUUGGAGUGGUUUUGUUUGAAGUUUUGUGUGGAAGGCUAGCGUGUAUUUUGAAUUACCAUGAUGAACGGAGAUUCCUUCAUCAUUGGGCUCGAACCCACUACAAAAAUGGAGAGCUGGAUAAGAUAAUUGACCAGAGAAUAAAGACAGAAAUUAACCCAAGAACAUUAAGCAAGUUCUCAGCUAUUGCAUAUCAAUGUUUGCACAAAACUCGGGAACAACGGCCUACAAUUGCUGAAAUUGCAUUCCAACUUGGGGAAGCUUGGAAAAUCCAAUUUACAGGAAGAAUGAUAAAAGGAGAUGAGAUUUUUGUCACAUGAUGAAUAAGAAAGAAUCAUUAGUGAAUCUUUAUUAAACAAGGGAGACAUGGACGAACAAAAUCUAAACUAAAACUUGGUUGUAUGGUUUUAAAGAGAAACAGUGAGACAACACAACAUCACGUGUUGCUCUUCUACACAGAUGAAAAAAGCAUUGAAAGAUUACCAAAUAUUUGUUUCUUUGUAUAUCUACUAUGUUUCUGUGUUAAUGCAUGGCCUGUAUGUUUUGUUGCAUUGUAACAUUUGUAGUUGAAAAAAGUUAAACUCUAAGCGAUUGUAAUUUAUUAUAAUACGAACAGAAU